CCAAGCCGAGAAGAUACUCAAAAUCCAAAUUUUGAGGCGGAGGUUGAUGAUAAGAUUUUCCAUGGGUUUGUGACGAAGAAUUAAGGAAGAUUUCAAGAUAAUCCUGGUUUGUCUGGGUUGAAUCCGGUUUUCCCUUCUUCUGAAGAAGAUGAUCAAGCUCUGUUCUAUGGCCUCUCGCGGAGUCUAUCCCACCCCUGCCCUUGGUCUCGGUAGCUCCGAAAUUAUCAAGAGUAAUGGGCUUUGUCUGUUAAAUCCCGGGACAAAGCAGGAUAUUGUACCAUCAAGCUCCUUCAAUCUGAAACCAGACCAACUCGAACCAUGGAAACCUGUUGGUUCCUUGUGCAAGCUUGGCCAGUUGAUGGAGAUUGACUCAGCCAUGAUGAGACCUGUGCUCAUUGAUGUCCAUGAUACUCCACUGGAGUCCCUGAUUUUUAGCCUCAGAAUCGCUGAGCAGUGUGCAAGACAAGAGAAGGUGACAAAGUUUUUUGUAUCAAGAUCAGAUGAACUCAAGGAUGGUGAUUUCAAUAUAUCUCUGCCAUCCGACUUGAUGGUUUCAUGGGCUAUGAAAUCCAGUUCUCAACUACCGGAAGCAUAUUCUGUUCUUUACUUGAAUCAAGAACACGGGAAGCCACUUCUGGAUCUUGUUGAGAAAAUCGUGCAUAACCCAGAAUUUGCAGCUCGUCGAGAUGGUCAGGUUAUUUUCUCCAGUAGCAGGAAGGAAUUGAAUGAUAUACUCUCUAUUGCUGCUGAGUUCUAUCUGUCGAGUCAUUCUACUAGAGGGAGGAAGCUCUCUCCUCUAGUCCCCCACUUUACAAGGCUAGAUGGUGAAGUAAUGGCAACUCUGCAGCUAGGUCCAGCAAAGUUGAAAGCAAUGCCUACAGCUCCUUUGAAGUGUCCCGACACAACCAAGCUCAAGCCUUCACCAAAGAAACACAACACGAAGAGAAGAGCUAGAGAAAGAGAGAACCUUUACGAAAGAAACCAUCUUCACGCAUGCGAGAGCCUCCUGUCUUUGAUGAUAGGCAACGAUCAGCACAAGAAAACCGCAAUUCUCUCGCUGAAGGGAUCCAUCACCGAGAUCUCAGAGCUUCUGAACCGAUUCUCGAUCGGAAUAGCCGGAACCGGAAUCGCCGUUCUCUUCUCCGUUCUCUGCAGCAUGGCGACAGGGCGUGUGCCCUUUUGCGCAGACAAGUUCUUCAGCACUGGUCUAGGGUUCACACUGGUAUGGCUGUCAUGGGCGGUGAACAAGCUCAGGGAAACUAUUGUUAAUGUCAACAGGAAAGCAGUGAAAGAUGAAUAUAUGGCGAGUAGAGUGGAGAGAAGCAUGAAGGAAGUGUACUUCAGAGCUGCAACAGUAAUGGCCAUGCUUGCCCUAAGGUUUGCAUAGCAUGAUGAUGAAACAUUCAAAAUAUAUGAAAACCCUGAUGAUUUGGAGUCGGUUCAACUCCAUGGAAGGCUCUGAGAUUCGUUUGUAUAUGUGAAGGGACACUGAGGAAUUUUGCAGAAAAGGUCGUCGUUAGUCAAAAAUCAUGCAUACAGCAUGCAUGCAUAUACAUGCUUACGUGCAUGCAUGCAUACAUACAUGCAACGGUGUUAUAUUUCGUUUUGUCAAGACCUUAAGUGAUAACGUGUUCAUUGAAAACACUCCUUAUACCAAAUCUGUGAACUGGAUCCGCUUCUUAAUAUAUGCCUUGGAAAGCAAGGGCUCUGAUUA